AUGGUUAUAUCUGAAGAAGAAGCAAACGCUACCAUCGAAAGAUUACAGCAGAAACUCACAAAAAACCUGCAGAAUAUUGACAGAAACUUUGCUGAAUGUCAUCAAAUAGUCAAUUCAGAAAUCAUUCCCAACCUGGACAAGUACAAAGCGCAAACAAGCAAAAUAUGGGAGAGCAGCAAAAUCUGGUUGUAUUUUUUUGACAGUUUGAAUCAAAAUGGCGAUUUAGAGGAGGGUUCAGGAAACACCACCAAUCGACCUCCAUUUCCAAACGACUCAACGAUGGAUUCGGCAGACAGAGCGUCCUGGUCUGACAGAAUACAUCACAGUGUAUCCAUGGACGACAUUACCGAUGUUGGCUCCUUGACGCGUCUGCGACUCAGCUUACAACAACCUGUAACGACAACAUCGCAGGAAACAGGCAUGAUGCGGCCACCUCAUACCACGAAAUCAAUAUCAACAGGAUCUACGACAUCAUCUUCUUUCAGACGAGACCUGAUCUCUUCUCCACCUCGCACCAUACCAUUUGGAAAGCCUGAAUCAUCGCUUGCAGGAACACCUAUUAGAGAGGCUUCUAUUAUCAUGACACAGAAUAUAUUGGAGGCAAGCGGUAUCCGCAGCUCAGAUGACGAUUCGCUUGAUUUUGAUCCAGAAGGCAAUAAGAAAAAGGCAACGUCAGAAGAGAAGAAGCCAAGCCGCCAGCCCGCAAAUGAGAAUGCUGGCAAAGCAUGGGACGACACCAAUAUGAUGGAAGUGGAUGAUGAAGAAAGUCGAGCUCGAUUCAACCAAUUCUUCAUGCAAAGACAACAUCAAAGUGCGAACACACCCGAUAUUGAAGGGUCAUCCAGAUGGAGAAAAGUAGACAGAUCGCCUAGCAACCACAGUGCCAGAUUUGAAUCGCCUUUGGCUGGCGCCCGAACCAGACACCCCAUCUUGCAAGACAUGACAGCAACAGAGCACCAACAGCAAGACAUGUCAGAUGCAGACGUAGGCGCAUACGAGUUUUCUGAUGCCAUGCCGCAAGAUAGACUGGAAGAGUACCAUGCCAGGGAGAGACAGAACACCUCUGGGUCGGAUUUGACGUUUCACUCUGGAUCCAACAUGACCAUGAUCUCUGGCAGCACAGGACAAAUACCCGCCAAAUUUGAUCUGCAAUACUUUCCAGAGAAGUUCCGUGUGCCGCCCGGCUCUGUGAAAUUGACUCGAGUCUACAAUUAUUUCCACGACCGACCAGGCAUCAUGUCGACUGUGCAAGAUGUCCAUGUUCAUUUGCCAGAUGUGUCGGUGGAGAGUAUUGAGCUACUGAUCCAUGUGCUUAUUCGGCGAAAGUUCCUGAAGAAAGUAGGCGAUAAAGAGGCAUGGACAUUGAGGAGAUGA